AUAAAACCUGUCAGAGAUAGUGUGACAGAGGCGUUGCAGCUAUGGAAGAAGAUUGCAGGAAAAGGAGAUGGAGCUGCGGAUGACCAGGAUGGGGAAAAUUCUGAAUAUGCUGAGUUGUCAGAGAAGGACCUUCCAAAUCUUGGUGAGAGAAGAACUGAGACAUCAGCGAAGGAUUCAUCCAAUGGACUGUCCCCUUCUAGUGUUCCCAAAGCGAGGGGUACCAACAUUUCAGAUAAAGCAGCUGGGAUAUUAAAGAAGAAGGCCCCAGCAUUGACUGACAAAGAAUUGAACCCAGAGUUCUUCCAGAAUCUUGAAACAAGGGGUUCAGGUGAUUUGCCUGUAGAAGUGGUGGAAGACACUGAGGCAAAUGAUACUGAUUCAAGUGCAAGGUUAAAGGGUCCCUGCCAGCCAGACGACCAAUCUGCUAACUUUAAAUACCGGAAUAUUGAAAGGGGGACUGCUGGUGCAUUUUCUAGACAACGAGAUAUUGAUGAUAGGAGUGAAAGGCAGUUAUUACAACUGGAGAGGCAACAAGCUCAUCUAAUGAACAUGUUGCAGGAUUUCAUGGGUGGGUCUCAUGAUAGCAUGGUGACUCUAGAGAACAGAGUAUGGGGUCUCGAGAGAGUUGUUGAAGAUAUGGCACGGGAUUUGUCAAUGUCAGCCAGUAGAAGAGGUGGUCAUUUUAUGUUGGGGUUCCAGGGAUCUUCAAAUAGGUCCCUGAGCAAAUACAAUGGCUUCCCUGACUACUCUAGUGCCAAUGAGAGGCUUGUACCGUCCAACGGUAUUGUUUCAGGCAUGAGGGGUAGGGGCCCUCCAUGGAGAUCUGAGGCGCCUGAAGUUUGGGACUUGCACUCCUUUGGAAAAAAUGGCCAAAUGAGCUCUAGGAGAGCUCUAGGUGGUGGUUCCAUAGGCAGUAGGUCACCCAAAUCAGAACAUGAAAAUGAUCAGGUUGGCAGCAGGAGAGCUUGGGAUAAAGGAGCUGGACCUGUUAGAUUUGGGGAGGGCCCUUCUGCAAGAAGUGUCUGGCAAGCUUCGAAGGAUGAGGCAACCUUGGAAGCAAUUCGAGUAGCUGGUGAAGACAAUGGAACUGCUCGAAGUGCAAGAGUUCAUAUACCAGAGUUGACUGCUGAAUCAUUAAGGGAUGACAAUAUUGUGCGAGAGCGUGAUCCAGUUUGGACAUCUUGGAGUAAUGCCAUUGAUGCACUUCAUGUGGGUGAUAUUGAUUUGGCUUUUGCAGAAGUUUUGUCUGCUAGGGAUGACCUCUUGCUAGUGAAGUUAAUGGACAGAUCUGGCCCUGUAAUUGACCAACUCUCAACCGAGGUAGCAAGUGAGGUUUUGCAUGCUGUUGCACAGUUUUUACUGGAGCAAAACUUAUCUGAUAUCUGUUUAUCUUGGAUUCAACAGUUGGUAGAUGUUGCCAUGGAAAAUGGAUCCGAUGUCUUAGGCAUUCCUAUGGAAGUAAAACGGGAGCUGCUGCUAAAUUUACAUGAAGCUUCUUCAACAAUUGACCUACCUGAGGAAUGGGAAGGUGCAACGCUGGACCAACUCUUACUGCAGUUGGCGUCAGCCUGGGAAAUUGAUUUGCAGCAGCUGGGGAAGUAAUGCCUGCCUCUCGGGAUUUGUAUUCUAUGUUUAUCGUUCAUGUCUGGUGGUUAGGAUGAUACAUCUUGUAACUACACAUAUAGUGAACUAAUCGGGGAACAGUCGUCGCAAAUUGAUGAGUCCAUCAUCAAACUCUGUUUCGAAUAAGUGAUUG